AUGAUGAACGACUACAUUGUCUUCCGGCUCCUCAUGGACGAGGCCGAGAAGAGCAAGGCCAAGCAUAUGCAACACAGGGCUUCGCUUAUUCCACCGGCCGCCUAUUUGGCCCAGCAUCGCGCGUCGAUCACGUCAACAGUCGAACCGCCGGCGGUCGUUGAGCCUUUCUGCUCGCCUCUCGUCCCACACGUCCCGAUCCGCGAACGCCUCGCCCGCCGCGGGACCAGUGUGGACGUGGCGGAUGACGUCCUGCCCGGCGGCUCCUCCUACUGCAAUUCCUUUUAUGGGGCGCCGCGACGGCGUCGAAUGAGUCUCCUGCAAACGCUCAGACUCCAAAACCGUCAACUCAACGACAGCGGCUUUGACAUGCACCGUGAAAGGACAGCCAGCGAGAGCACCAAUCGAGACACGUGCUCCCCGCCAGCCGCCAAAUCCCCGCCACAAUCCCCGUCGAAAAAGGCGCUCGCUUCCCUCAAAGCAAAAAUCUUUGGGAAGAAGGAAAAGCGACUUGACUCUCGUCAGAGCUCGAACACUAUCGCUGCGGAUUUGGCUCAUGAUGGGAACGGCGGUGGUCGCUCCCGAAAAUCCCCCUCCACCACCAAUGACAGCGGUCGUGGUAGCCAGGGUCAGCUCGAAGAGCGGGUCGGUGAUGCGAUUCCGGACAGCCAUCGGCAGGAGCGGAAACGGCUUCGAAUUCGGACCACCUCUUGCCCAUGCCUCCUCGGCCUCUGCGAGCUCCCAAAUCGCCACUCCGAUUCCGAAGAAGACGGCGCCGACGACGACGAGCUGUUCACCGAGCGGAUGCUGAGGAAUAGCAGCCCGGUUACUGCAGCCGACUGCCUCCUCGAACGCCGUCUCCUCCGCCGGGCCAUCGAGGUGGAACGCCGACGUCUGCAAGAAGCUACCACCUCCUCUACCAACGGCUCCUCCACCACCCCGUCCAGCCAUCGCCCACGCGCCACCAUCGCCAUCGCCGAGUCGUUCAGCGAGCUGUCUGCGGCGUUCGUCGAGCCGAGCAAAUGUGCAAUGUUGAGGAGACUGCAUGACAAGAGCCUUAGCGUUUCGCACGACUCCGGGCGGCGACCAUUUGAUGUGACGGCAGAUAUGCAUUGUCCGCCGAUGGAAGACAUCCUCUCAAUCGCCUCAAUGGCAGCGACAGAAGACCUCUGCGAUUACGAUGACUCCUCCACGCUGCUGCUCGACCACUACUUGCCACUCUCCAGAAAUGGUUCG